GGUGGAAGUGUUUUGAGUUUGCCAUUAAAGCCAGAACCCUGGAGGGGGAAGAGAACCGCGUCUAACUUUCGCAACUUCCAAGGCCGUCCAAAGCACGAAAAGCACAUAAUGAAACAGGCCUCCAAAUGAGCCCGGAAGACGCAGGAGUUGACGUUAGAGAGACUUUUUUGAAGCCGGAGCCGCUUCCUCGUUCGACCGAGGAGUGAAACGUCUCAACAUCCUCACAAAGAAACUUCGCCUUGCUAGGCUGCUAACUCGAAAACGACCGAGUCAACAGCAGAGAAAAGUAUCGCUGGCGACGGCGCUCGCACAAUAAAACGCCUGUAUGUCGAGCUGAGUGACGUGAAGUCCUGUAAUUCGCCGUGGAAGCGCGAUGUGUGCCGUCCGGGCCAGAACUUUGUAACGGUUUCGAGUCAUCAUCAUCAUCAUCACUCCGGGAGGAAGAGCCGCCGCGGGGGCAACUUCAGCCGAGCCACGAGCAGCAGCCCGAGCCGCUCAUCCGAACCCGGGCCGCCGGUUCUGAGGCGGUCAGCCCAAGCUGGUUCCAGCAGACAUGUCCGGCCGAAGUGGAGCGGGACAUCCCCGGCCCGGCUCUCUGGGUCCGCAGCCCCUCAAGGCGACGGUUCCCUUCAGGCUGGCCAGCAAACCGAGACCGAACCGCAGGGAUGGGAAGUCAGCUGGAAAGCCCAGACUGCACCAGCUGAGCUCUGGCAUGAGACGGACGAUGUCGCUGGACGCCAUCAUCGGACCGUACCUGCAGGGACACUGGCCGAAAGAACCCGAAGUUCACUGCGGUCCGUCCUGCAAGGACAAAUCAACCCAGACUCCAGAGUCAUGGGUGGAGAAGUCCAGGAGCAGCCGAGCUAGCGGCAGCCACAGACGCUCGGCAUCGUGGGGCAGCGCUGAGCAUCUCCGAGAGAUUGCCAAACUGAAACAACAACUGCAGCAGGGCAGCAAGCCUGCAGCCUCUGGGGUGAAUGACAAAGAUCGUCAGUGCUGUUAUCCUCAUGGGAGCUGUAGCCUAGGAGCAACUCAGACCCAGCCGGUUCCCAUCCCCCUCUCGCCUCUGUCUACUCUGGUUCCCCGCCUGCGCUGCAGCGUGGAGGGCCUCAACCAGGAGCUGGAGGGCAUGUUCAUCAGCCAGUCUCCUCCCUCACAGCACAGGCUGCUUGAAGUUCCAGACGGUCAUCGCGCUCCGGUGCCUCUGCACAGCUGCAGUAGCAGUACGCAGAGCGACCGCACCACCACACCCCUCUCCUCCUCCUCCAACUGCUCCUCCCCCUGCGCCUCACCUCCGUCUAACACUCUAGAGCCUCUGGACCCUCACCAAGGCACAGUAGAGAAGUGUCCGCUGUCUCCAGUGUCCUCCCAAAACGAGGCCGAGCUCCACCAGCCGCCACAAAUCUCCUCCUCUCCAGGACUCAACAAAAGCUUCUGCUUCCAGCGAGAACCUCCGGAGGGCUGCGAGAAGGUCCGAGUCUGGGAGGAGUUCAGUAUCCCACACCACCACAAGGAGGCCCCGGUCUCCUCCUGCCCCGACCCCAACAAGGUGAACUUCACGCCCCACGGCGGCUCGGCCUUCUGCCCCGUCAGCCUGCUGAAGCCCCUGUUCCCCUCCAUGGACCUGCUGAUCCGCAGCCUCACAGUCUCUCCCGUCGGGAACUGCUCCGGCCCGGGAACGCCGGCCACCGGGAACCGCGGCGCCUCCCCGGAUCCGGCCGCCGCCUCCGCCGUGCUGGGAGACGCAUCGGGAGAGGCGCUCGCCUUCUGAUCACAGCUGCAGCUCUUUUCUGUGAAAAUGAUGAUGCAAAUGUUGGCCUGCACCAGGACAGGUGUGAUCUUCUUUAGAUAUGAAAUAACCUGAUUUCUGAAUGACUCUGGCGGAGGGGCAGAUAAAUGACAUGUAAACACCCCUGGUGAAAUCGUAGGUAUUUUCCCUGACAAAUCAAUUCUUUCCACCUUUUAUUGUGACUUCUUGUCUUAGUCCAUUGCACUUUCAGUUGAAUUUAGCUCUAAUUUUAAUCCAAAUUUAUUGGUUUGUGUUUGUAGAUGUACAUUUAAACCCCGAAUUAUUCAUAUUUCCUGACAUAUUUGGAUUUUAAGUCUCACCUUAAACCAAAACGCUAUUUCUCAACAUGAUAAAACUCUGAAAUGAGUUUUGUAUUAAAAAGAUAUCUGGCCAGAGAAUGCCGUCCACCGGGAACCGAUUAUUAUCCUUCUUAAUAAUCGGUUUGUGAGUCUCAUUUCCCUCCAGCUGAGCUUCAAAAACAUUCAUCUUACAUCCACAUCCCAGUAAAAUUAAGAUAACAAUUCAAUACAAUAAUUUUGUGCUUAACUGCAUGUUUGGACUUCUAAUUUUUAUUUUCUAGCAGAAAUCUUGAAGGUUUUGCGUAAAAAUUCAGGAAAGUUCUCAGAAAUCUAUCCACCAUUUGCAAAAACGGAAACCAAACCCACAGCAUAAUGAUGCCACCACCAUGUUUAUCUCUUUAGGGAAUUCUCUCUUGAGUCCCUUCUUCUUAGUCUAGAUGUAUGGAUAAUAGAAUAUAUCGUCUGUUAUAGAAUCAGUGCUGCUGUUGCCUUCCUAACGUUUUGUUUCAUUCUUGGUUUGGCUGAAUUGUUUCUGGAUACAUUUCUCAUGGUGAAAUGCUAUGGAAAAUAAUGCUGAGGAAUUUUAUUUGUAGCCUUCUUAUGACUGGUACCUUUAAACAAUGAGGCUUUUCUGACUUUAGCUACCAGAUUCAUUGGAAAGAAGUUAGAAAAUCAAAUCAAAACAAGGGGUUAUUGCUGCUUUUCCCCCCAGAAUCUUUUCCCUUUAACGGAUCAGUUCAGAAUAUGUCACACUGAAAGUGGAAAGUUUUGGUUAUUGAUCAGGAUUUCCUUUAAAAUCAACAUUUUACCAGGGGUAUGAACACUUCUGAGCUGCGUCGAAACCCAAAGGAAAGACUUUAUAAGCUACAAUUUGCUUCCAGGAACUGAAAACAUUUAAAUUGGGGUCAAUCAGUUUAAUUUUCCAAAGAAAUUUAUGGCCAAAAAAAAUAUACAUACAACAGAGCUUUGACUUUACUGACUUCACUUCCUGCCUAGAUCCUCCUCCUUUUUUAUGUUUGUCCAAAAUAUCAGGAGUGUAGGUCUUCUGAGAACGCUCACCUAUUAUUAAAAUGAGUUUUCUUGCUUUU